GUGGAUUCAGAAUCAUAGAAUUGUAGAGUUGGAGGGGACCACCAGGGUCAUCUAUCCCAGCCCUCUACAAUGGUUGAUUGGUUGUGUAGAGCUCCUUCCUCAGAAAUGCUGUUGCCUUAUACUGAGUUGGACCAUUGGUCCAUCUUGUUCAGAAUUGACCGGCAGGGGAUUUCAGCAUCUUGGAGAAAGAUCUUUCCCAGCCUUCCCUGCAAAUGCUGGAGAAUGAACCUAGGCCCUUCUGUGCACAACCAGGUACUCUUCCACUGAGCUAUGGUAACCCUGAUCAAAUAUUCUCUGUUUCCAUAUAUGUUAUGGUGCCAACAAGAUGGUGGAAUGCUCUACACAACAUUCCUGCAGUUUUGAGUCAGGGGCUGGGGAGAUUCUUAGAUUUCAUGGGGGACGGAGCUGGACUUCCGGUCUUGGAGGCUCCUGGAGGGGCUUGAGUCUUAUGUCUCCAGCUGCCCUUUUGUUUACACCCAGCAGCCAAGGAAGGCCUGGCUGAGGAGCUUGUUGAGCCGGUCCCACCUCUCCUUGAGCAACCCAAGGCAUGUGUGUAGGAGGGAGAAGGCCCCAGAAAUAAUCCUUGAGAGUGCCUGAGCUGCUCAGUGCAGUCAGCUGCCUGCCUGGUGCUUGGAGGCCUCUUGCACCCUUCUUGCCAUGCCCCAGGGUCGGAAUAGCAUAUUCUCUGGGGCAGCCAUGGAGGCCGCGAAGGCCAAGGUGCAGCGCUAUGCGAAGCAGUGGUGCCUGUGGAUCCUAGCUGGAUUGUACCGGUGCUGGCCCGCCUUCUUGACGCCCCCUUUCCGUUACAGGCUGGUGCUUGGGAUGCUCUACCCUGCCUAUGCUUCCUACAAGGCUGUGAAAACGAAAAAUAUCCGGGAAUAUGUCCGCUGGAUGAUGUACUGGAUUGUGUUUGCCCUCUUCAUGGCCACAGAGACCCUCGCAGAUACUUUCAUUUCCUGGUUCCCCUUCUACUAUGAGAUCAAAAUGGGAUUUGUCAUAUGGCUGUUGUCUCCAUACACAAGGGGGGCUAGCUGGCUGUACCGCAAAUUUGUACAUCCCACAUUAUCCCACAAAGAAAAGGAAAUUGAUCAGCUCAUCCUUCAGGCCCAGGAGCGUGGCUACGAGACACUCCUGAGCUUUGGGAAGAAGAGCCUCAAUGUCGCAGCUACAGCUGCUGCCCAAGCUGCAGCAAAAAGUCAGGGGGCCCUGGCCGGGCAUUUGCGUAGCUUCAGCAUGCAGGACCUGCGUUCCAUCCCAGACACGGCACCUGUGCAUUACUCUGAUCCCCUGUACCUGGAGGAACAGGAGCUCCGCCGGAGGCCAAUAGGACACAGGGCAUCUCCUCAAGAGCUGGGCUCUGACAGCAACGAAGAGGACUGCUGGUCAGACUCUGAGCUCUCUGCUGGCGUAAGGGGCCACAGCAGGAAGCCUUUGCUUUCCAAGCCGCUGGCCAGGACCCAGAGCCUCCGCAUGGUGAAGAAGAAGUCGCCUGUCAAAGAGGGCUCGGCUCGGGUCCCGCGAAGUCGCCCCAGGAAGAAGGUGGCUGAUCCGAUCUGUUAGGCUUGUCUGCAGGGAAGCCUUGGUUGCGAAUGCUGGCACUUGGAACAGCUUGGGACAGCGAUGACUGCAGUGCUUCACAGCUUGGUUGUGGAGGGAGAUGGGUUUGAAACAUACCACGUCCUGGCAAUGUGAAGCCUUGUGUACCCUACAGCUACCACCCACACUGCAAGCUGGCUCUCAGGGCACCCUCCCCUCCUUGUCUCAAAGUGGUGCCUUGAUUGUGACUGCUGGCCACCUUCCUCUCUGUACAUGCUGCCUGUCAAAUAUCCUGCCCACAUGAUGUGCCUACAGGAAGGGGGGGUAUCUCUCUCUUUCCCUUUCACUACACAUGCCUUUUUUGACACAAGAAUACUGUGCCAUAAGCAGACUUGCCUUUUUAAAUGCCAGGGGUGGAAGAGCUGUUUGUUGGGGGAGUAUUAGACUCCAAGAAUCUGGGUACCAUUUUUCUUGUCCGGACGCUUGGCUGCUUUGAAGAUGGGUGCCCCAGAGUGAGCUUAGUGCACUUCUACAGCACUUGCACUUCGGAUUGGGGUGCUGUGGUGAGAUACCAAAGACAAAAGCAGCCUCUCUCCCCCCCACUUUCCUUGUAGCUGCUUACAUCUCAGGUUGUUUCUUCCGCUGAAGUUCCCCCUCUCCACCACCGGUGAAAACACUGACAUGUCUACUUGAACACUAUCACUAGCUAGGACCUUGACCUAAGUGCAUUUGUAAGUUUUGUAUAUUAAAUAAAUGCAUUUUUAUUAGACCUUA